AUGGCUUUCAUACAAACAGUUUCGUCGUUUACAUAUUCUUCCAGUCAAGUCCCAAUCUUCGAAGGCGAGCAUUAUGAAUACUGGAGCAUCCAAAUGCAAACUUUCUUCAUCUCCUUAGAUCUUUGGGAUGUCAUUGACGAUGAGGAGUACGAAGAACCAUCCGAAGACAAUGAAGAUUACGAAAAAUUGCAAAAAGAAUUUAAAAGAAAAGAUGCAAUGGCUCUCCGCUAUAUUCAACAAGGAGUCGGGAAAUCAAUUUUCCCUCGUAUCUUUGGUGUUAAAAAAGCCAAAGAUGCUUGGGAAAUAUUGAUGCAAGAAUUUCAAGGAACGGAGAAAACGAUCGCCUUGAAACUUCAGUCCUUAUGGAGAGAUUUUGAUAAUCUCCAAAUGGAAGAACGAGAAUCGGUUCGUGUUUUUUCUUCACGAGUAGCCGAGACAGUAAAUCAAAUCAAAAGCUGUGGUGACACAAUUACAGAUAAAAGAGUCGUGGAGAAAAUGUUAAGAUGCCUUCCUCCAAAGUUUGACCAUGUUGCAGCCGCAAUUGAAGAAUCGAAAGACUUGUCCAAAAUGACUAUUUAUGAGUUAACCGGGUCACUUCUUGCCCAUGAGCAAAGGAUCAAUCGUUCGAGUAACCAAUCUACUACCGAACAAGCUUUGCAAUCAAAGCAAACAUCAAAAAGAGGAUCGAACAACUAUGGAGAACACAACAGAGGCUCAAAUCAAACAAAACAAAAAGAUAGCUAUUGGAAGAAGGGUGACAAGCAAAGCAAAUGGAAAGGAAAUCGCGAUAUCUUUGUGGACCUUAAUCCAAAUAUUACUUCACAAGUAAUUCUUGGCGAUGGAACAAGUAGAGAUGCGGUAGGAAAAGGCACCAUUGCUGUCCAAAUUAAAGAAGGUAACAAGAAACUCAUCACAGAUGUUCUUUAUGUUCCCAAUCUUUCUCAUAAUCUCCUAAGUGUUGGACAACUUAUUCAAAGUGACUUCUCUGUCCACUUUGAUGAUGGUGCAUGUAAAGCAAGAGACGAAGAUUUGGCGUAUUUGUGGCAUUUACGAUAUGGUCAUCUUCAUGAAAGAGGCCUUCGUUUACUCCAAAUGAAAAACAUGGUGACGGGACUUCCUAACAUCCAACACAUAGACAAAAUAAAAAAUGGCAUCAAAAGACAAUUAACUGUGAGUCGAACUCCGCAACAAAACGGCGUGGCCGAAAGAAAAAAUCGCACAAUUGUUGAAAUGGCAAGAAGCAUGCUAAAGGGCAAAGGACUUCCAAAUCUGUAUUGGGCAGAAGCUGUAAAUACGGCAGUAUACAUUCUCAAUCGGUCUCCAACAAAGGCUGUACGGAAUAAAACUCCAUACGAAGCUUAG